CCCAACCACCCCCUUUUACUUCGCACCCCGCCGUCUACCACCAAAACACUCUCGCAACCGUCUCCGCCUUCGGAGAAGCGUACCUCUUCCUGUCGCCACUCUUGCGCAAAUAUGGCGCCCAAGCUGGAGAAAAGGAGCGGCCUGACGCUGGAGAAGUUGGCCUCGUACGACGAUGUGAUCACGGAUGCGCUCGUGGACAAGGUCUACUACUGGACUGCCAUCCGAAAGAACCGGGGCGGCCGCUUCUCCGCCUCCCGAGGGCUGCACGAGGAGGAUAUCGCGAACAUCCUCCGCACCACUGUCAUUCUAGAGAAGGAUCCCGCCGAAGCCGUACAGAAACUGCUGCAUUUGUUGGGUUUGCGCAAGUAUGUGAAUAGUCUGAAAGACGAUAACGAGAAGGACCAAUUCGCGCGUCAUUUGCGCAAGUACGUCAACAUAUACAUGCCGGACUGCCCGUUCGAGGUCACUACGACGAAUCGCUAUACCAUAUCCGAACAUGAGGCAUCCGUCACCGCGCGCAAGGAUAUUAGGAAAGGCGAGGAGAUCAAAUACCUCACCGGAGUCCAAGUCGCAAUGACUGAAGAGCAAGAGAAAACGCUCGAUCUGGCACGGAAAGACUUCAGCAUUGUCAUUUCCAGUCGCAAGAAGACGCGAUCCUUGUUCCUCGGACCAGCGCGCUUUGCGAACCACGAUUGCGACGCCAACGCGAGGCUAUGCACUAAAGGCUACGAUGGCAUGCAGAUUGUGGCGGUUAAGAAUAUUGAGGUCGGCGAAGAAAUCACUGUAUCAUAUGGCGAAGAUUACUUCGGCGACGACAACGAAGAAUGUCUCUGUUUGAGCUGCGAAAAGCAACUCGUCAAUGGCUGGGCACCAUUUAAGCCUGUGGAAGAGGACGAAGAAGACGGCGAGGAGGAUGAGCAGGCGGCGAAGAACGAGACCCCAGCCCCAGAUGAGAGAUUAACAUCGAACAAGCCCUACUCUUUCAGGCGGAAGCGAAAGUACGACGACCCCGAGAGCGCAAGCGAUUCACGCGAUGCUACACCUACUGCAAAGAAGACGAGGCUAGAGGUCCCGCAUGAUCCACAUGCGAAGACAUCACGGUUGCUGUCUUCAAAGGCGUCUCCAGUCGAGCGGCGGCCAUCCCACCAAUUGCGAGAGAAGGCACUAAAAAAAGCGCAUAGCACGUCCUCUCUCCGGCAAGAAGUACCAAUCUCUAGUAUCGAGGACCCAUCCACAAACCUCCCCGCUUCUUCGCAGACCUGGAGGGACUUUCGCACUCAGCAGCGGGUUGGUUUGCUUGCUGUGACUCUGGAUGAGACAAGCUCAUCAACCCCGACCACACCCAACUCUUCCACUGCCGCAGGCUCCCCAAAGUCCUCCCAGUCGACUGAUGCUACAUCUGUCGACGAAGACUCGGCCAUGAGUAGUACCGAUGAGAAGAUCAAGGUUGAGUCUGACACCAUCGUGGUCAGGCCCAGGUUCGAGAUAACCACCGUCGAAACACAAGACACAAAACGCUCUUCACUGGAUGACGAUGUCAUGUCUGAACUCAGCGAGCUCUCCUCAAGCCAGGAACUAGAUGACGUUCUCCAAGAGAUUGUCCGUCGAAAGCGAUCGAGGACCCCACCAGUCCCACGAACGACUCGCUCACAGUCACAACACACGAGCGCAAACCGCCUAGCUACUCCAACGUCUCUCGAGGAACCUCAGGAAGGCUAUGUUGAAAAUACCCGGAAGCCAGGCGACUAUACGCUCACCGAUGCACUCUUGUCCGCCAAGUAUAGUCGGUGGGUCGAGUGUCACACCUGCGAUGACCACUUCGUCCAAUUCGAUGCCUACCACACCCGCAAGGAAUGCCCGCGCUGUGAGCGACACUCCAAACUUUACGGCUUCGCAUGGCCUAAGACGGAUAAGGAAGGUAAGCACGAUAGGGAGGAGCGCAUUCUGGAUCAUCGAACUGUACAUCGAUUUGUUGAUGCCGAUGAGGAGAGGACUAUCAAGAAAGGCGGUCGUAAGGCUCUACAGGACUACAUCGCGGCGAGGUAUUCUACCCCACAAUCCAUCGAACGGGAAACGUCCAUGAGUGUCGAGGUUGAGUCUGGGCGAAAGAGGAAGAGGGUCCGGAAGACCAUGUAAGCUCUUACAUCGAGUUAAAACUUCGAUAGAAAGAAAAGGUAUCGAGAGGACGAAAUCCUAGCUAGAACUAGUCACUGCAAGGUACCGGCUCUUUCAUUCCGCUUGGAAUCUUAUCACGAGGU